AUGCCCAUGACUUGGGAUGUAGAUGCGGAUGCCCGGCUCUUUGCCGCGGUACUCACCACAUCUGAUGUCAAGAUCAACUAUGCUGCCGUUGCGGCAAAAAUGGGAAGUGAAUGCAGUGCUAAAGCCGUCACACACCGUGUCACCAUCCUCAAGAACAAAGCCAAAUUACUCGAGGCCGGCGGCGAUGGCGUGACCGCUGUGUCCUCCCCAACAAGCAACGGAGCAAGCAACGGGAAGACAGCUGCUGGGUCCAAAAACCCGCGCAAACGCGCGCCCAACACGGCGAAGACCACCACCAAGUCGGAGGAAAUGGCUGACGACUCGGAGGAUGACGCAAAGAAGCCAGCCGCGAAGAAGGCCAGGAAGACCGCUGCCACCAAUGGUACGAAGAAUGCUAGUGCGGCCGCGAAGAAGAAAGCUCCUGCACCGGUCAAAGCCCCGUCCGCCAAGAAAGAGGAGGACGAGGACGACGGAAGCGGAGACGGAGAUGGCAGCCAGCAAGAGGGCGGGGAGGGAGAUUCGUCCUGA